AUGCUUUUCUUCACCCAGUGCUUUGGGGCUGUGUUAGAUCUUAUUCACCUGCGGUUUCAGCACUACAAGGCAAAGAGGGUUUUCUCAGCUGCCGGGCAACUUGUCUGUGUCGUCAACCCAACACACAGCCUCAAGUAUGCACCGACCCGCUGUGCAGCUGCACAGGCGUCCACAGAGCAAGGCAUCCUUCCUCCCUGCCAUCACCACGAAGCGGUGCACGAUCCCCAGCUGGUCCCCUGCACGUGCCCACUCUUCUCCUGCCCGUGGGAAGGGCACCUGGAGGUGGUGGUGUCCCACCUGAGGCAGACCCACCGCAUCAACAUCCUUCAGGGCGCGGAGAUUGUCUUCCUGGCCACGGACAUGCACCUGCCCGCACCCACGGACUGGAUCAUCAUGCACUCUUGCCUUGGCCACCAGUUUUUGCUGGUCCUCAGGAAGCAGGAGAAGUAUGAGGGCCACCCCCAGUUCUUUGCCACGAUGAUGCUGAUCGGCACGCCCACCCAAGCCAACAACUUCACCUACCGGCUGGAGCUCAACAGGAACCAGAGGCGCCUCAAGUGGGAGGCGACCCCCAGGUCGAUACUGGAGUGUGUUGACUCUGUCAUUUCGGACGGGGAUUGCCUUGUGCUGAACACUUCCCUGGCUCAACUCUUUUCUGACAACGGAAGCCUAGCGAUAGGAAUUGUGAUAACCACCAGCAAAGUUCACAGCUCCGAAGCCGAAAUGUGA